GAACACAGGCAAGACAUUCCUAAUUACAGUCUAGCAAUCAAAAACAACUGCCCUGCUUCAUUUCUCAAGCUUUUAUCUGCAAUGAACGAUCCGAACUCUGGUGUGCCAGUGCCGCCCGUUAAUUGCGUGAUCUCGGACUGUUUCGCCAGCUUUACCCUUAAUGCCACCGCCAAAUUGGGGAUCCCUAAUGUAUUUUACUGCCCAUCUAGCGUGUGUGGCUUCUUGGACUUCUACUACUGCAAGGAGUUGAUGGAGAGGGGAAUCAUCCCAUUGAAAAGCGAAGAUGAUCUUACAAAUGGUUACCUGGAUACCGUCAUUGAUCGGAGACCAGGCAUGAUAGAAGUCCGAAUGAGAGACUUGACAAGUUUCGUACGAACCACCAACCGAGAGGACAUAUUGCUCAACCUUAUCAUCGAUGAGACUCAUGCUUCUCACCAAGCCACGGCAAUGAUCUUCAACUCGUUCUCUGAAUUAGAAUCACCACUGCUUGAUGCAUGUUCAUCAAUGCUACCUCCGGUGUUCGACGUCGGUCCCAUGUGCCUGCUUUCUCAGUACAUUCCCAAUGAUUCAGCAAUCGCAUUGUUCGGUAGAUUAAACCUGUGGAAAGAGGACUUUGGUUGCGUGGAAUGGUUAGACGAGAAGGAACCGGGUUCUGUGUUGUAUGUCAACUUUGGUAGUAUGGCAAACUUGACGAGUGAACAGCUGUUGGAGUUCGCAUGGGGUCUGGCCGACAGUGGGUGCGCGUUCCUUUGGGCUAUUAGACCUGACCUUGUUGUGGGCGGCACAGCGUUGUUGCCACAAGAGUUCUCGGAGACGACCAAAGGAAGGAGCUUCAUCACAAGCUGGUGCCCGCAACAGAGAGUGUUGUCUCAUGCCGCGGUCGGAGGUUUCUUGACCCAUUGCGGAUGGAAUUCUAUAACGGAGAGCAUUUCCGCAGGGGUUCCCAUGAUCUGUUGGCCAUUCUUUGGGGAUCAGCAAAUAAAUUGCAGGUACAUAUGCUCGGUUUGGGGCAUUGGGAUGGAGAUUAAUGAAGAUGUAAAGAGGGAAGAGGUGGCGAGAUUAAUCGAGAAGCUGAUGAGAGGGCAGAAGGGGAAGGAGAUGAAGAAGAAAGCAAUGGAAUGGCAAGAGAAAGCAUUUGAGGCAGCCAAAGCUGGCGGUGGAUCUUGGAUAAAUUUAGAGAGGCUCAUCAAGGAGAUAAUUACAAAAGAGUGAAAGCAGAUUAGAAGAACAAGGUAUGAAUAUAGCAACUAUUACGUUAACGGAAUUGUAAUUUCUCAUAAUUUUAAUGUCUUGUAUCAGUGUAAUCCGAAUUUCUAUAUUGAAUAAAUAUACGUGUCGUUGAAUUAC